AUGCAAGAAGAGGUCUGCGAAGAGAAAGAAUCUUUAGAGACAGAACGCAUCCAUCAAGGCAGUGUGAACAAGCUAAAACUGGACUUCUACAACGUCGCUGGAUUUUCUAACAAUUUUGUCAACAUUGUGGCUCGCUGGCCCGGCAGUAGUCACGACUCUUUUGUUUUCCAAAACUCACACAUUGGAAAUACGUUCGCAACGGGAAACAUUGACGGUUGGCUGCUUGGUGACAGUGGGUAUCCACUUCGACCAUAUCUCAUGACACCUAUCCUGAAUCCAAAUACAGAAUCCGAACGGUACAAAAGAGAGUGUGCAUUUGGUGUGUGGAAACUACGCUUCCGAUGCCUACAUCUGUCUACAGGUGGAGCACUACGGUAUACCCCGGACAGAGCAUGUCGGAUAAUUAUGGCAACCGCUGUACUACAUAACAUUGCAGUAAGAGAGAAGAUCCCUCUCCUCCCUGAUGAGAAUGAGGCUGAAUUCGGAGGUGACGAUAUUAAUGUGGGCGAGAGACCUAAUGACAAUGCAGAUGGGAGGCGUGUGCGGGAGCAGCUGAUACAACAGAGAUUUGCAAUGUAA